AUGGCCUCUUACGAGAAUCUACCGGAUCCUCUCCACGGUCUAUCUCCAGAAGGCUUGAACGAACUGGAGGCUUUUGCCCAAGAUGGAGGGCCAGACCUUUCUGAUCUUAGAGGAUACUCUAUUCCUAGAAUGUCAGACACGACUCCCGACAGGACCAUGGCAACUGAAGCGUACACAAGUAAACUGCAGCAACAUCUGAUCAAUAACCAGAUAUACCCAGAUGUGCAUAUGUAUCUGAACAGGCCACCACUUCUUCCGCCGGCCAACUUUGGGGGUAUUCUUAGGAUGCUCUCCUGUUCUCGUUCCUCGCUCCACUCGUCAAGCUCUUCGAAGGUCGACUUUGAUGCCUUCGGUCAGGUGAAUAGUAGAGCUGCCAAUGAUCAGGAAGUAUUAAAUGAGGUAGUACCUCUGAUUGAAGGUAACCAUGGCCCCGUGGACGAAUGUGGGGGCUAUCCAUUUCGAAAUAUGUCCCAAAUCACGAAUAAAAUGCUACGGCCGGUCAAGCCAGAUAGGUUCUAUGGCGCGAAUGGUGAUACCCUUGACAGAACAGUUUGCGAGGGCUGA